AUUUGCAACAGAAGGUUACCAGCAAGAGUUAAAGAGUAUGUCUCGCAAGAGAUGAAAUUGAGCAUUGACUCUCAUAUUAAAACACUCAUACCUUCAAAACGACCUAAACCAUGGGUUGCUCCAUCCUGGUUCUGGCUAGUGGGGUCUCCACACUGGGAGGUCUGGUGUUUGGCUAUGAGCUGGGCAUCAUAUCAGGCGCCUUGCUCCAGCUGAAAACUGAGUUCAACUUCUCCUGCAUCCAACAGGAGGCUGUGGUCAGUGCUUUUCUGGUGGGAGCCCUUCUGGCCUCCCUCAUAGGUGGCUGUUUAAUAGACCGCCAUGGUCAGAGGAACUCCAUCCUCAUCAGCAAUGUCCUGAUCCUGGCUGGCAGCCUGCUCCUGGUCUGCAGCUCCUUCCUGGCUCUAGUGGUGGGAAGGAUCACAGUGGGCUUCGCCAUGUGCAUAUCCUCUAUGUCCUGCUGCAUCUUUGUGUCCGAGAUGGUCACCCCCAACCGCAGGGGUUUGCUGGUGACUCUGUAUGAAGCUGGGAUCACUGUGGGCAUUCUUGCAGCAUACGCCAUCAACUACAUCCUAUCCGACAUCAGGGAAGGAUGGAAGUAUAUGUUUGGAUUAGCCAUAGUGCCAACUUUGGUUCAGUUUGCCUCGAUAUGGUUUCUUCCAUCCAACUCUACAGAACCUUUAAGACCUCAAGCUGGAAAAUACCCUGAAAAUCAGGAAGUAGAUGAUGGAAAACACAACCCCAAGAGACUUAACAGAAACAUGCAGUACAAAAUCACGUACCUCUUCCAGCAGGAAGACAACAUGAGGACAAGGACUAUCAUCGGCCUCGGAUUGGUAAUCUUUCAGCAGUUCACAGGCCAACCCAAUGUGUUGUUCUAUGCCUCCACAAUCUUUCACGCGUUGGGGUUUCAGAGCAAUGCCUCAGCAGUAUUGGCGUCCGUGGGCUUGGGCGCAGUAAAAGUAAUGGCCACUUUGAUUGCCAUGAUGUUUGCUGACAGAGUGGGAAGGCGGCCGCUGCUCAUCGGUGGGUGCUCUGUUAUGGCAGUGUGCUUAGCAGCCAUUGGACUUCUCAGUGGACACUCGGUGUUCAAUGCCACGAGGACUUGCGAGUCUGUUGACAUCGUCGUAAACGCUUCCUUACCUCAUCUGAUCCCCACCAAUCGGUCAGCAUUUGAUUUGUCUCCCGAUGGCAGCAAUAGACACCUUAUUGACGAAGCGUUUGGAGGGAUGACACAUCCUGCCAUGGAUCAAUUUGAAACGGCCAGCACCCCCCCGCCGAUGGCCUCCCCCAGUUUACAGGGCAGAGCCGUGGACUGGCUCAUUGUCAUAUGUAUGAUGGCUGUUGUCAGCGCGUACGCCAUUGGAUUUGGACCAAUGACCUGGUUGCUGCUAAGUGAAAUAUUUCCAGCCGGUGUCCGGGGAAGGGCUUUUGCUUUCACCAAUGUCUUCAACUGGGCUGCCAAUCUGCUGGUUACAUUCUCUUUCUUGAACGUCAUUGAUGUGAUCGGUCUAUCGGGGACAUUUCUUUUGUAUGGGAUGACUGCUGUGGCCGCCGGGGUUUUCUUCUACUUCAUGCUGCCAGAAACCAAGGGAAAGUCUCUGGAGGCAAUAGACAGGGAGCUAUGUUUGAAAAGGCUUCAUCAUAGUAAGGAUUGCUGCACCAUCAUUAAGAGGAAUGUCACCACUUUGAAGUACCAGAGAGUUGACUGUCAACUCAGCAUCACUGAUUGAUGAGAAACUAUUUUAUUUUAUAAUAGUGCAAUUACACCAGGGAUAUUUUAAUUAUUUGAUUUAUUAUACAUAUUAAAUCUUAAUGGGGUAUUAAAGGUAGAUUUUAUUCUAUUUUUAUG